CGUACACCAUCACUCCAUCACGCAGUAUUAGUCAGCCAAAUCACAACAAUACAACGCAAUCUCGCCAAGGCCAGUACAUAGAAAAAUUACAUUACAUAAUGCACACUGAUAAGACGUAGUCAAAACAUUUUCACAUAAACUACAAUUAGUCUUGUUUGAUGCCGUUAAAAGUGUCUCCAUUUUCAUUAGUCAAUAAAAUCAAUAAAACAAGAAUAAAUAAAAAAAUAUAUUAUUAUUAUUUAAAUAAUUGUAUUUAUACUUUUAAAUUAUUUAUAUUUAUUAAAUUUCAUUAGUUUUAAAAAACAAUGGCUUGUGAUAGUAAUGUAUUGAUAAGUUUAGUGAAACAAAGACCAUCAAUAUUUGACGUCAUUCACAAAGAUCAUAGUAACAGAAUUGUUCAAAAUAAAUUAUGGGAAGAAAUUAGUUUGGAAAUGAAUGUUAACGUGUCAAUAUGUAAAAGCAAGUGGACAAAUCUUCGAAACUCAUUUGCGAGAGAACUUCGUGAGCAUAAAAAUACAAAUUCUGGAUCUGUUGGUUUAAAGAAAAAAAAAUGGUAUUUAUUCGAUAGAAUGAAUUUUCUGACAGAUUUCAUGUUACAACACAAAAAAAUUGGUGGUAAUAUAAGUCAUGCAUAUUUAAAAGAAACAAAAGAAUGCAUAGAAUCAGAAGAAGAACAGGAUGCUAUGCAAGUAGAAGAAUCUGCAAUCACAGAAAGUGAACCAGACUCAAGACAACUGGUGUUUAAAAAGCCCAAGAAAAAUAUUAUUACAGCUAGAAAGCUUUACAAAACUCCGAGUGAAAAAGUAGCUGAAUCUAAGAUUACAUUUUUAAAGUUGAGAACGGAUAAGGCAAUAUAUACUGAAGAUCCCUCCGAGUUAUUAUUUUUUAAGAGCUUAUUACCUGAUUAUAAGAAACUCAACGAAAAAAAUCAACGUCGAUUUAAAAAUGCUAUGUUAACAACCUUAAAUAACUAUCUAGACAAACAAGAAGAAAAUAUCCAGAUGAUAUAAUUUCAAAAUAACAUUAUUCUAUACCUUGCAAGACAAGUUGACGGAAAGAAUAUCCAUAAUUUUUAAUAUGAUUUUACUUCAGAUGUAUCUUCACUUUCACCAGGGAGUAGCAAUUAAUUCCGGUAAUAAUAUGUAUUAUCUAUAAUAUAAAAUAAUAGAUAUUUUUGUUUUAAUA